AUGCCCAAUGGUCAUUCGUUAUUUUUUCCCGAAUGUCCACGCAAACACCCCGUUUACGUACCCCCUUCCGAUUGCUACCAAAUUCACCCUCAGCCUUGGAAUGAAAAUAAGGGUAGUUGCAGCGACCCGGCCGUUUGGGGUCACGUUUAUGAGAAACUGAGUCAUCCGUUGGAAACAAUUAUCGGUACUGAAAAGGAAACGCCGGUGCCGCCGUCGCAGCUUCCGAUGAAAUGUUGUUGGACUGUGUCCGGGUAUAGAUUUUCCAGAGAAAAUGAUUGUUGGCCAAAAUAA